AUGGGGUCCAGCGCCAAGAAGAAGAAAGAAAAGAAGAAGGAUUUCCAGAAAGUAAAGCUCAAAGUCGGGAAGACAAAACCGAAGGCGGCAAAUUCUACCGAUACAAGUUUCAAAGCAAAAGCUAUCGCGUUGAAACAGCAAUCACUUUCGACAAAUGCGCCUACCGUGGAAGCACAAUGCGCACAUCAAAUUUCUCUUCUCAACCAUAAAUCUGACGCACAGAGGCGUGAUUCACUUGCAUAUCUGACGACAGUCAUAUCAACCCAUCCACCAGGUUCACCCCUUCCACAGCCAGCUUCAGUCAUCAUCCCAGCUAUUCAGCGACUAGUUCUAGAUGGAUCGAACAGUGUCAGACAGCAAAUGCUCAAGCUCGUCCAGAGCCUGCCCAAGACGGACAUUGCCAGCCACACUGACUCACUUUUAUUGCAUACUCGUGCUGGUCUUACACAUCUAUCCACGGAUAUCCGAACCUUCGCACUGGAUAUGCUAGAGUGGCUGCUUAGCGUAGCUGGAGAUGAAGUCGUCAGUUGCGCAGGAGGAUGGGCGAAGACGUUGAAAUGUUUCCUCAGCCUCCUGGGCUGGCAAACUCAGGUUGGAGACAAGUGGUCCGCAAUCAGAACCUAUGGCAGAGGAGCCAGCGACGCCAAAGUUCAAGCCAAGCAAAUGAAUACGUUGACGACUUUCCUCAGAGCCGGAUUGAUACAACCGACAGAAAUAGUGGCAGUCGGAGCUGGCACCAGUAACUUUCCAUUGUGGCAGACUGAGCACCACGUGCUUUCGGAACGAUCGAGCGCAUUUGCACAUCUCAAUCUAUACGGCGCAACGAGGGACGAGGAGGCAGAAAUGUAUGAGGACCGUGAAGAUCGUCAAAGGGUGUUCCACGAGUUGGCCGAGGGCGCAAUUGCAGCAGGUAUCGAGCAAUCGACCAAAGGAGGGGGAGAGCUGGGUCGUGCGGGGGCUCACUUAUGCAAAGCGAUGAAAGAGGGUAUGGCCGACUUCCAUAGGGUCGAUGAAGAUUAG